UUAAGGUCAACAAAUUCGUGCGUAGUAAUGCCAUUCGUCGUCGGAACGUGCGUCGCGAAUGAUGGAUUUUACACACAUAAGACUGCGUCAAAUACUAAUCUCGAUUUUAAGACCGCUCGUAUCAGAAUCGGCGAUCGAUCACAACGUUAUCGUGGACGAGGAGGAGGAAGAGAUGUGAUCAAAAAAUAUAUAUUUUUUACAUAAAAAUUAUAUAAAAAUUAAAAAUUGUGUGUGCGUAUCUCUAACGCGAUUAUAAAUUUUAACAUAAUCCGACUUCAAAUGUGUAAUAAUGAAUAUCGGAGUAUCUUCCUGCGAGUGAAUGACAAUCGACGUUAAACAUAUGAGAUCGUUGAAUAAAAAUUCGAAAGUAUCUAAACAUUAAUGUAUCUCUAAAAAUAAAAGUUUAAUAUUAAAUAAAAAUAAAUAUUAAAUUAAAUUUGGAAGAAUAUAAUUAAUACGUACAAUUUGUCAAUCGCUCUAAUCAAAUACGAUCAAAUUUAAUCUGUCGUACGAAAGAAGAGAUUCCAGAAAGAAGAAAAACAUGGAGUAUAUUAAUUAUCCUGUAUCAUCACUCGAUGGAUCAUUAUCACAUACGUCAAACGUGUUGGAUAAUUUUGAGCAUACAAAGUGCGGGAAAUUACUGCAAACUGAAUUUCACGAAAAUGGAAAUCCGGAUGAUGAGGUGACAGGCGAUCGCGAAAUAUGUUACUAUGCCAAUUGCGACCCUUCGGUGUGGAUGAGGAGCUGCGAGGAGGAAGUGAUCGAGCCUCUCCAAUCGAGCGAAAUCACUGGCAGCAUCCCCGAGUGGUUGACGGGCACCCUGUUGCGGAAUGGUCCGGGUAAUCUAAAAGUGGGCGAAUACCGUUACCAGCAUCUGUUUGACAGUUCUGCCCUGUUGCAUAAAUUUCAUAUCGCGAACGGAAAUGUCACCUAUCAACGACGGUUCAUUCAAACCGAAGUGUAUAAGAGAAAUAUGACCGCUCAGAGGAUAGUUUUCACCGAGUUUGGUACUUGCGCGACCCCGGAUCCUUGUCACAGGAUUUUUCACAAGGUAGCCGCCGUGUUCAAACCAGAUGAAAUAUCUGACAAUUCCAUGAUCUCGGUAUAUCCCUUCGGUGAUGAAUAUUAUACGUUCGCGGAAGCACCAGUGAUGCACAGAAUUGAUGCGAAAACUUUAGAAACAACGGGCAGGAUAAACGUGUCGGAAUAUGUUAACAUUGUGAAUCAUACCUCACAUCCUCACAUUAUGGCCGACGGUACGAUUUAUAAUGUAGGAAUGAGUGUAACGCCAUUUGGACCUCGAUACAAUGUCGUAUGCUUCUAUCCCAAUCGGACGACCAUUGACAAUAACGGAGAAAAGAGAGAGCUGUCCAUGUUCGAUCAAGCAACGAUCGUGGCCAGCGUGCCGAGUAGAUGGUUGCUGAAUCCAUCGUACAUGCACACCUUUGGUAUCACCGACAAUUACUUCAUCAUCGUGGAACAACCGUUAGCGAUCUCUUUUAUCGGAAUGACAAUCACUCAUAUUAAAAAAGACCCGAUGAUAAACUGCUUCAAAUGGCACGAGAAUGAAAGCACGCUCAUUCAUGUUAUUUCGAGGGAAACGGGUCAACUAAUGAGAACUUUCGUCGCGGAGACAUUUUUUUACCUUCAUAUCAUCAAUCAGUUCGAAACCCGCGACGGAGAAUACGUCGUGCUCGACAUAUGCUGUUAUCGGGAUCCGAAGAUGUUGGAGUACAUGUAUAUUGAUGCAAUGAAAAACAUGCACGAAGACGCCGAUUUCGCCAGACUGUUUCGCGCCAGGCCGUUGCGUUUCGUACUUCCGAUGAGGGAACUGCAUCCUGACACGCCGGUCGAAUACAAUCUCAUUACGAUUGAAACGGUGCAUCAGAGCUUACAGCUAUUUCAGGAUAUAAUCAAUAUCGAUCAUAAGACGGACUUCGAGAUCGUCGGCGAUACGGAUAACAUCGAGUACAGUGACAAAUCCAGAUACUGGCGAGAUGAACACAGAAGCGCUCUGCGAAAGAAGCCGGCCGCUCAUCUGCUUCUCGAUAGCAAGAUCUUCGUAAAGCCGGAGCUUCUCUGCGACGUCGGUUGCGAGACUCCGCGAAUAAACGCGGAUUCCCACCUCGGCAAGGAGUACCGGUACUUUUACGCGAUCUCCUGCGACAUGGACCUAGACAAUCCCGGAACGCUGAUCAAGGUCGAUACUUUUCAAAAAACCAAGAAAAUAUGGCAGGAAAAGGGUAUUUAUCCUAGCGAACCAAUUUUUGUGCCGAAUCCGAACGGAAAGAACGAGGACGAUGGUGUGGUUGUAAGCUCUAUCGUGUGGGCGGAAAAAGAGACUCGGGUCGGUCUGUUAAUCUUGGACGCUGUGACAUUUACGGAAAUCGCGAGAGCUACUUUUGAAACGCCUGGACCAGUGCCUAAAUGUUUACAUGGUUGGUUCAGUCUGGAUAAGUAAUCGAGUGUAAAAAAAACUGUCGAUUAAACAUACAAUGUUGUUUAAUUAAAAGACUCUUUUGUUAAUGAUCAAAAUCAUCAUUAUUAAAGUGUUAAAAAUUGCGAUGUGACAAAUUAUUUUCAUUUGUGCUUGGAAAUGUGAUUAUCUUUCCGAGGGUAAGAUAUGUAUAUAAAGCGAAUGUCAAAUAUAAUAUAUAUGUAUGUGUGAAAAAAAAUUGUGUCGUAAAUUAAAAUAAAACAAACUAGAUCU